UUGCCAACCGCCUACAAGAAGAAGAAAGAGCUCACGUGUGAUGUGUUUGUGUAUCCUCAGUGUUUUUCUCUCUUGAGUGUUUUAUUGAGUGUAAACAGAGUCUUGUCUCUGUGUAUUUUAGUGUUGAUGAUGGAUGUGAUGUGCUGUAAAUCAGUAGGAACUGAUCUGUCCAUGCUGGAUAUUGAUGAUUUCAUCACAGAAAUCUCUCAGCUGAAGAAAGAGGUGGCGUUACUGGAGACAAAGCUGAGGUUAAGAGGAGAUGAAGGACUGAAGAGAGAGGACUCCGAGCUCAGUCUGACUUUACUCUGUUAUACUGAGUCAAAGCCCACAGACGCUCAGGACACUACAGUGUGUGACAGUAAUCAGGGCUUACAGGAUGAGGAAUCUACUGAUCAAACCUCCACAGAGUCUCUGGAUUCUGUCUGGAACGCUGGAGAACAGCAGCAGAUCUUGCAGACCAAACUCAAGAUGUGUUCAGUCAAACUCAUCGACUGCAGGGACCUAAUGAUGAAGAUGCGAAGAGAAACCACAGAGGAAGAUCACACUGAUGAAGAUUGUUUUAUUUCUUCAGAUGAGAAGAGUGAUUCAUGUUGUGAUGAAGAAAUAACAUCGUCAACAUCCAAGGAGCGACUGACAGCACAAACUCAGGAGAAAAAACUUGAUUCAGAAGAGAACAGAGAGAAGAAGAUGAUGAUGACAAAGAAGAAGCCGUUUCACUGUCAGCAGUGUGGGAAGAAUUAUUUUGCAACAACAUCUAAUAUAAAUGCUCACAUGAGGACACACAGUGAAAAGUCUUUCCCCUGCACUGAAUGUGACAAAUAUUUCAAAACCAAAGGAAAUCUUGUACUUCAUCAAAGAAUUCACACAGGAGAAAAACCAUACGAGUGUCCUCACUGUGAGAAGAGAUUCAACCACAAACCUCAUCUGAAGAAUCAUUUGCGUUCACACACCAAUGAGAGACCGUAUCAGUGCAGUGAAUGUGGAAAAACAUUUAGGGAUUCAGGCUCUUUAAAAUCACAUCAAAAAACACACUCUGGAGAGAAAUCCUACCAAUGUUCACACUGUGAUAAACGUUUCAUUCAUAAAUCUCAUCUGAUAUGUCAUGAGAGGAUUCACACUGGAGAGAAACCUUACGUCUGCCCUCACUGUGGAAAGAGCUUUUCUGAUCCUUCUCAUUUCAGAGUUCAUAAGAAAAUUCACACUGGAGAAAAACCUCAUCACUGUAAUGUCUGUGGGAAGAAUUUUAAGCGACGUGAACAUUUAGUGGCACACCAGAUAACUCAUACAGGUGAAAAACUUUACAAAUGCUCUCAGUGUGAGAAGACGUUUGUUCGACCAGAUGUCCUGAGAAUCCAUGAGAGAGUUCACACUGGAGAGAAACCUUACCACUGCUUGAUCUGUGGAGAGAGAUUUGCCUAUUUAGGAGGUUUUUACACUCACAAGAAGAAACAUACUGACGAACAAACACUUAAAUGAACAUAGCUUUAAAUGGAAACAAGUAUUUGUUUAUGUUGUUUAAGUGAGAACAAGUCAAGUGAACUUAAGUGCAAAUAAUUUUGUGUGAAAUGAAGUGGAUGUAGUUGUGUGUUAUGCUCUCAAAAAAGCUCAUUGGCAUUGAUCCAAUCAUGGACAGUGGUUCCACAUGAUUGGCCCAUGUUUCUUAACUUGAAAUGAACAUGUAAGCUCUACUCAAUUACGUUUACUUAAAAUAAAAACCAAAUACUUAAUGUAGACACAACAUGAUUGAAUCACAUAAACCCAACAAGGUAUUUAAAUAAAAACAAAUUUGUUUAAUUCACUCAUUGGCUAACUUUUACAAGCAAUGCACACUGAUAUGAAGGUCAGAAUCAAAAGCUGAUUGUGGCAUAAAAGUGACAUGAGCAAAACACAUAAAAUAAGUAUUUGGUGUCCCAAGUGCAUAUGUGAAAUUUUAACUCAAAAUACCCCACAGAUAAUUUAUUAUAGCAUGUUCAAAUUGCAAGCAAAAAUGUGUCAUUUUUGGGUGUGUUCUUUAAAAGUCAAAUUAGCUGAUGAAAUGCAAACACUGAUCACAAUGAUGGUGGUUUGUUGAAAUUGAAACUUAAUUGUGCUGUCAAUUCUUUUUUUAUAUCUCUUUCUCUCUGCACUAAAUGGCAGUGCUGUGGUUAAGGGGCGGUAUUAAUAUAAGAAGGUCCACUUUUGACAAUUCCUUUAGCAACAUUCAAAAUAUUUUCAGCCAGUCUGUUCUUCACCUAAGCAAAUGCUGUAUGUACUCUUCCGCACAAUGGUAACCUCUUACCAUUAUCUGCAGGCAUGUGAAAAAUUUGGUUGUUCAGAUUUCACCUCUUUUGUGACAUCAGCUAAUUUGCAUUUUAAAGGACACACAUUUUUGCUCGUACCUACAAAGUGGCAAUUUUAACAUAUGCUAUAAUAAAUGAUCUGUGGGGUAUUUUAAGCUAAAACUUCACAUACUUCAAAUACAGUCAUUUACAUAUUAAAAAAGCUCACAAUAUGACCGCUUUAACAGUUUCCAGAUGAGGACAAGUGACGUCAAAUGCAUAGUGUACAAGUUAUUAAAAAUCAAUUUGUACCAUUCUAUGAAAAGUGCAUACAAAAGAUUCCUUUAAAUUAAGUAAUGAAACUUAAAGAUAACAAUUCACUCAGGAAUUAUGGUUUAAUCAGUCGAUUUUAUCAGUAUUUAUUUUCAAAACGAAUGAUCACAUUUUUGUUAGCUGUAUUUAGAGAGGCUAUUAAGAAUCCAAUCUUAUCCAGAAAGAAUUUAUUCAUUUUAGAAAACUGGCAGCCUAUGAUGCAAAGAUAUUUGCACGCAUAUUAGCGGAAAGAUUAAAGGUUUGUCUUGAGCUUAUAGUGGCAAUCAGGAUUUAUGAAAUCUUGACAUAUUUGUAGUGAAAUAAGGCUCAUUUUGAAUUUAUUACAUGGAUAAUAGUUUUGUUUUCUUUUUAAGCAUUUAAUACAAUUUAGCUCAAUUUUGAAAUGUUGGAAGCAUUAAAUUGUUUAGAUUUUUUUGUACAAGCUGUUAAACAUUAUAUUACUUUAAUAGCUCAGUUAGGAUAUCACAUGGAAUUAGGGAUGCAUAAUGAUUAAUUGCGAUUAAUCUAUAGCAAGAUAAAAGUUUUGUUUACAUCAUAUAUGUGUGUAAACUGUGUAUAAUAAUUAUGUUAAUAUGCAUGAACUAAAGUGAUGUUAAUUAGUGAUGGCAAAAUAGGGUCAUGAAGCUUCACAACAACUUAGAUAACUUAUGCCAUCUCUAUCUUGAGAGGGUGCAGGGUGGUCUUAAACUUAUCAACAGAAACUAAAUACAUUUCUUCAAGGUAUAGUUUACAGUAGGGGGACAAAAUAACCUAUCCAUCCAUUGGCCCAAUGGCGGAAACCAAUCGGCAUAAUGAUAAUGGUUUUAUAUAAUCACAUGUACACUUAGACCUAUGUAUUGUACGCAUUAGGUACCGUCUAACUGGAAUUUUGGCUGAUGCUAGCCUGAUUUCAGUCCUUACGUUAACUACAGAUACAUCGUUAUUACUUGCAGUAUCAACAUAGCAACACAGAAUAAAAUCAAACAUAACAAUUUAUUAACCUGGUAGGAAAAACUUUAUUGAGAAGCCAAUUUAUAAUCCAAUUCGAAUAUGAAACAUUCAGAUGUAAAACCAUCGCAUACCUGCUAAAACGAUAAAGAUCUGGUUACAGAUUCCUCAAAAUAAAAUGAAAUACAUGGCGCUGUGUCAAAGAUACAGCAUCAUGGGGUGAAUUUCUAUUUCUGAGUGAUGUUUGCUUAAUGUAAAACUGACUUUUGUCAGGGUUUGACACCAUAAUACUGAAACGUUUAUCACAGUGUGAACAUUGAUGGAGUUGUUCUCCAGUGUGUAGUUUUUGGUGUGAUUUUAAAAUGCUUGACUUUGUAAAGGUUUUUUCACAUUGACUGCACUGAUAUGGUCUCGCAUUGGUGUGUAAACGCAUGUGUAUCUUCAGAUAGCCUUUUUGUCUGUAUCUCUUCUCACAGUCAGGACACUCGUAUUUUUUUUCUCCUGUGUAAAUUCUUGUAUGAACAUCAAGAGUUCUUUUGGUGCUGAAGUAU